AUGGAAAGAGGAAACCUAACAGCCAUCAGGGAAUUUGUCCUCCUGGGACUCUCGGACUCCUCAGCACAUCCGCACCUCUUGGCCCUGCUCUUUCUCUGUAUGUACUUGGUCACCGUGCUGGGAAACGCGCUCAUCAUCCUGGCCAUCGGCGGUGACCCCCGCCUCCAUUCCCCCAUGUAUUUCUUCCUUAGUAAUUUGGCCUUUGUUGACAUUUGCUUUAUUUCCACAACAGUUCCUAAAAUGGUAGUGAACCUCCUGACUGACACCCUGACCAUCUCCCGCGAAGGCUGCCUCGCCCAGCUCUUCUUCUUCAUUUCUUUUGUGAACAUGGACAGCCUCCUUCUCUGUGUGAUGGCCUAUGAUAGAUACGUGGCCAUUUGCCACCCUUUGCACUAUGCCACCACAGUGAGCCCUCAGCUCUGCCUGCGGUUGGUGGCAGGGCUCUGGGUGGUCACCUGCCUUCAUGCCCUCCUGCACACCAUGUUGAUGGCACGCCUGUCCUUCUGUGCCUCCAAUGUCAUCCACCAUUUCUUCUGUGACCUCAACCCUCUCCUGCAGCUCUCCUGCUCCGACGUGUCCCUCAACAUCAUGGUCAUUCUCACGGUGGGGAGUCUGCUGGCUCUCAUGCCCCUUGCCUGCAUCCUCACAUCGUAUGGCCUCAUCUUCUGCACCAUUCUGAAGGUCACCUCUACUCAGGGGAGGCAGAGAGCCUUUUCCACCUGCAGCUGCCACCUGUCGGUGGUUGUGCUAUUCUACGGCACAGCCAUCACGGUCUACUUCAGCCCCACCUCCUCGCACACGCCUCAGGGAGAUGCCCUAUCCGCUGUCAUGUAUACAACUGUCACCCCCAUGUUGAACCCUUUCAUCUACAGCCUCAGGAGCAGGGAUGUGAAGGCAGCGCUGCAGAAGACACUCUGCAUGUGA